CGUGAUUCACUCGGCGGCCUGCAGCCAUAAAUUUUCCCGAGAAAACAAAGUGAGUUUUGGAUUCAUCUUUCAUUUUCAUUCUUCUUGUGAUCAGUAUUUUCAAUUUCAUUCAGCCAAUCGAAUCUGCGACAACCCAUCACAAAAAUUCGUGGUGUCUGCAACAUCCGUAAGGAGAUUCUUCCUCAAAAUCUCAGAAACCCCGACUUGCAUACUCCUUGUUCUUUGUUCUGCUUCUCCACAGAUUCUCGGAAAGAUGAUUUCAUCCAAACCCCAAUAAGGCUAUGGUAUGUUUCAACUAUGUUAACGGUGUGUCCACCGGGAGCUAUCAGCUUGUGCUCAUCAUAUCUUAGUAAUUAUACUCUGCACAGUGCUUAUCCGGGCAAGAUUAGAAAUGUGAAUGUGAAUUCCUUUAGUUGUACUGCUGUUUAUCAUAGACAAUCGGGGGUAUGUAACCAUGAAGUGUAUUAUGAUUCAUAUUCUCCAUGGAAGGAACAGAAUAGGGUUGGAACUCAUAUUGUAUCACGGCGAGUGGCAUCCAAUAGAUUGCUGUGUCAAUCACAUGGUUCUGUUUUGCCUGAUGAUGAGUACCGAUCAUCACGCAAUAUAGCAAUCAGUUUGUUUAGGCGAUAUAGGAAUGUCAUUGACCGUGGAGGAGGUGACAACUUAAAAGAGUUCAUUGGUGCUGGAGUCAAUGCAUAUGCAUUGGGUUGCACUGAUGAAGGGUUAAGGAAAGAACUCAAUGCUAUGAAGGAAUCUGGCAUUGAAAUUGAAGCAAUGCAAAGUUAUGGUGGAGGGACUAGUUUAAAGUCCCAGAUUGUUGCGGAGGAGGUUGAUGAGUGUAUUUUGUGGUUGAGCAUCAUAUUCAUAACCAUUUUGUGUACACCACAACCAACCAUAGUCAGGUGGUCAUCCACACCUCCAGUGUCAGAUGAAGUACUGGUUCAAUGGAAAGGCUUCUGUGCUAUCAUAGCAAAUGCAUAUUACAUGAGGGGAAUGGCAUGGCUUCCAGUGAAGACUCUCCAGCUCGAACAAAUGGCCGUGGUAGGACGUGCUGAGGAGCCAUCAGUCGUUGCUAGCCGAAUGCGAUUAGCUUUUAGCACACUUGAGGUAGUUAGUCCACAAUGGCCAAGAGUCUAAGUGAAUCGCUUCUGUAUUUAGAAAAAUCCCAUUUAUGCAGAGUAUUCAUUACCAGGCAUUUGGUCCCUCAAAGUGUUGUAACUUAGGAAUGCACCUAAAAUUAGCAUAAUACCCAU